UCAAACAGGUAAUUUUUAUCCUUCACUGAUGUGCGUUUAUGAGGCAGCACUGAUGGGCACUGAUAGGUAGCACUGAAGGGCACUGAUAGGGGGCACUGAUAGGCAGCACUAAUGAGGUGUCACGGAUAGGCGGCACUGAUGAUGGGUACUGAUAGACAGCACUGAUAGGUGGCACUGACUGGCAUCACUGCGGGCACUGACUGGCGGCACUGCUAGGCAUUGACUGGCACAACUGCUGGGCACUGACUGGCACAACCGCUGGGUACUGACUGGUGGCAGCACUGCUGAGCUGCAUUGAUGGGCACUGGUGGGUGGCACUGCUGGGCACAGGUAGGUGGCACUUCUGGGCACAGGUGGGUGGCACUUCUGGGCACAGGUAGGUGGCACUGCUGGGUGGCACUGGUGGGCACUGCUGGGCACAGGUGGGUGCACUGCUGGGCACAGGUGGGCGGAACUGGUGGGUGGCACUGCUGGGCACCGAUCAUCAGGGCACUGAUCAUCAGUGCCCUGAUGAUCGGUGCUGAUCUCCGCUCUGACAACUACCGGUUCUCGGCAGUACUUUCCUCACGAUCUGACAGCGUGAGGAAAGUGCAGCCGAGAACCGGCACUUGC